CGGAGAGAAAGCGUGAGCUGAUAAGCGAGAAGGCGGCGAUGGGAAAGACGCCGGUGAGGAUGAAGGCCGUGGUGUACGCGCUGUCUCCGUUCCAGCAGAAGGUGAUGCCUGGUCUCUGGAAGGAUCUUCCCAACAAGAUCCACCACAAAGUCUCCGAGAACUGGCUUAGCGCCGUCCUCCUCCUCAGCCCUCUCGUCGGCACCUACUCGUAUGUGCAGUAUUACCUGGAAAAGGAGAAGUUGGAGCACAGGUACUGAAGGCACAGCUGAAGAAGUUGUGUGCACAAGCCAAGUGCACGCUUCUCUUAUAUUUUACAAGCACUGUCAAAUAAGAAGCAGUUGACUGCAUUUGCUGUCCGGAAAAUUUGCUACUUUAAUUCAGUCAUUUUGAGAUAUUAUAGUUAGUCCCUCCCAACAUUAUUGUGUUGCUUCUACUUGCCCUUUCCCAACCAAACGUUUGGUUGUUCUAAAAUUCCUUCUUUUCUGUGUGAUGUCCAGAAUGCGCCUGUGAAACAGUGUCUUGGUUUCUAAAUCCACUAUCUGGAACUCAAAUUUCUUAGUGGAUGACAUGAUGACAGGUCCUUAUAUAAAGGAGGAGUAGAAUUUUGCAAA